UUUCAGAGGUAAAUAAAGUUCUAUCUAAGGGGGUGGAAAGUCAGACAAGGCAGUUUGGUCAAAAAGGACAGCAGAGGGAUUUAAGACCUCACUCCUUAUCAGUAGAGUAACAGACAUGCUGAAGAGAGGCGACAGCGUUGGUUAGCAGACUCUAUCAAAGCGACUCGUCCUGGAGGACAUACAGCCCUCCACAGAAAUAAACAAACACAAAGAAAUGAUGCAGAAAGUGAAGCAAAAGAAGAACAACAGGGGAGCAACUCAGAGUCUGCAUCACUGACUGUAGUGACACUGCGCAUGCGCGCUGCAUCUCCCCACACCCUCUCCUCUUGUCGCCUGGGUAACGGUAAAGGGGGGCUCGGCUCGGAGAGAGGUACCCGAUAAUCACAUGACCGCUGCUCAUCUCUCUGUGUUUGGAUAUAACACCAUCAUCUCCUCUAGAACCCACAGCGAGAAUCCCUCAGCCGGUCAACUAAAAGCAGAUUUACGGUGAAAGUGAACGGGAGUCGACAUGUCAGACGUAGUUCCUCCAGAAGUGAGACCCAAACCAGCUGUGCCCGCCAAGCCCCCAAAUGUGGGGGCUCCUUCCCCCUCCAGCCCCUUUCCACCCCAGGGCCAGGGUAUUGGUGGAGGCGGCGUUUCAGCACUUCCUCCAAGUGCCAUUCCCGUCCCCAUCGUGAAUCACGGCCACAGUGUGGGUCAUAAUAUUGGUCAUAGUGUGGGCCACGUUGCGGGCCAUGUUGGAGGUCACACUGCCGCACACAACGGAGGCCACGGACAUGGAGGGACCCACAGCUCCACCGGGGGAUCCACUCUGCUGGGAUACAUUGGUAUUGACACCAUCAUUGAGCAGAUGAGGAAGAAGACCAUGAAGACAGGCUUUGACUUUAACAUCAUGGUGGUUGGUCACAGCGGUCUUGGAAAGUCAACUCUGGUGAACACCCUGUUUAAGUCCCAGGUCAGCAGGAGGAGCGCAGGAUGGGCUCGUGAUGAGAAGAUCCCUAAAACUGUAGAGAUCAAAGCAGUGUCUCAUGUCCUUGAGGAGGGUGGUGUGAAGAUGAAGCUGACAGUCGUCGACACUCCAGGCUUUGGAGACCAAAUCAAUAACGACAACUGCUGGGAGCCCAUUUCCAAGUACAUCAAUGAGCAGUAUGAGAAGUUCCUAAAGGAGGAAGUCAACAUCACAAGAAAGAAGCGAAUCCCUGACACCAGGGUGCACUGCUGUCUGUUUUUCAUUACUCCGACUGGACACUCUCUUCGUUCACUCGACCUUGAGUUCAUGAAGCGCUUGAGUCACUCUGUCAACAUAAUUCCUGUUAUUGCGAAAUCGGAUACAAUGACCAUUGAGGAGAGACAGGAGUUCAAACAGCGGGUAAGGAAGGAGAUGGAGAUGGGUGGGAUUGAGUUUUACCCCCAAAAAGAGUUUGACGAGGACAUGGAGGACAAGAGCGACAAUGAUAAGAUCAGAGAGGCGAUGCCCUUCGCUGUGGUGGGCAGCGACAAAGAAUAUCCAGUGAAUAACAAACGAAUUCUGGGGAGGAAGACCGCGUGGGGCAUAGUAGAAGUUGAAAACCCCAAUCAUUGUGAGUUUGCUCAACUGAGGGAUUUUCUGAUCAGGUCUCACCUGCAGGAUUUGAAAGAGGUUACUCACAACAUUCACUAUGAAACCUAUCGUGCCAAGAGACUGAACGCGAACGGAGGCCUCCACCCCAUUUCCUCCAAUGACACCCAGGAAAGCAACCUGUAGUCAGUCAGAGUGAGACAGAUGGAUGAACCUACAUAAAAAUAUGUCAUCAUCGUCACUGCGGCAUUGCUGCAUGCUUGAAAAAUUGGUGUUGUUCAUUCGUGUAAUCUCUUCCGAUUCCUAACUCCACCCAUCGUCUUCUACACUUUCGUCCCCACAAACACAUAUCAAACCCCUCCAAUUUCAUUUCAAAGUCAUUCCUAUGAACAUUUGGAUGAAAGGAGGGGCAGUCCAAAAACUGAAAAUGAGUGCCAUUUCUAAAAUUAACAAUUAUUGACUGCCAAUGCCUUGUAAUUUAUUAUCAUACGGGUAGAUAAGAUUAGAAAGUGCCACAAUAUUAUAUGAAUGAAAGGCACAUUUUUUAAUUUUAGUGGUGUGCAGCAACCAAUGUCUGAUUUAGACUAAUUAAAUGAUUUGCUCAAAAUAUUUAAACAAUAUAAAAAUAUAGAACAGUUAAUUGGACAACAUGUAUCUAAUUUUAAUACCAAUCUGAAAGUCUCCUAAAGCUGGUAAUUAAAGAAAAAAACACCACAUUUUGUUCUGGUUUUUUGGCAUUGUAGAUUGAAUGCAUUUUGCUCUUCACUAUUCCCACCGGCCAUUCAUACAAAUAUUAUUUUAUGAGCCAAAAUAAAAAGUAAAAGAGUUAUAAGUGAACCUGAUGUUUGGUCACAGAAAAUCUUUGAAAUAUUAUCGUUAUAAGUUUUAUGUGUUGCAAAGCUUUUUGUAAACAUAGCAGAACUCUGUACUGUGACCAGUAUUUGUGUCAAUGCCAUUUUUAAUUGAAAUUCAUAUUGUUCACCACUAGGGGGCCUCACACUCCCAUGUAUAAUUAGUGACUCGGUAGAGCCAGAAAUCGGCACUUUUUUUUCAGACCACUUUACUGCUGAGAUUAUUAUUUUAUUUCUCACACUGUCCAGUUAUUUCCUGAUAAAGUUGACAGUGUUAAUCCUCCACUGUUAGUGAAAACUAAUACAUCUCUCCAGAUCAGGUUUACACAGAACUUAAUAUUUUCUACCGAAUGGUCUGUGCUCAAAGUGUGGGCGCAAUUAUUCCAAAUUAAUUUAUUUAACCUGUUUACCAAGUUUUCUUUAGGAAUUCAACAUUUAUACAGUUCUGUCAUGCGUUGCCUGCAGUACAGCACGAAAAUGCCAAAACUAUGACAAAUUAAAUCUUGUGAUAUUUAUCAAACUGUUUUUGUUUUAAGCUUUAUUAUCAUUUUAAAUGACCAUACACUUUUGUGGGAUUUUGAUAUGUGUGAUUUCUGCAACAAACUGAUAAUAGUUGUCUGUGAUUUUGAUGCAGUCGAAGAUUUCAAGCAGAAAUUUGAAAGUGUUUGUGUGUGCAUGCUUGUGUCCAUUUUGCCUCACAUAUCACUGCAACUUUACAUAAACAUAUGAAAUAUUUUUGAGUGUGUGAUGAGGUCUUAACUCCUGUAACUAAACUAAUAGCCCACUAUCCACAUAUCACUAAUACCUUUACACUUCACAACCUCAUUUAUUUAAUAACCUCUUUUCUGAAAGUUGCUGUGACACAUUGACAUUGAUAAAACAAAUUCAGUGUCAUAUUGAGGUAUUUAUACAUUAAUGUCGUAUUAUUGUAAUUUAUUCUUUGUUUAAUAAAAGCACAUUCCCAUGUC